AGCAGUUUGCUCGUCAUCUCAUCUCAUUUCUGUUCACUCAUCCUCCCUCGUAUCACUCCUCCAGUGCUGUCAGGUUGUUAAGAAACCGUCAGAACGAGGGGAAUGUGUGUAGGGGAGCCCCACUGGCAUUUCUUCACCAGAGUUGGUGAACGUCUUCAGAGAAGAACCUCCAGAUGAGGCGAGACAAAGGCGAGCGGUGAAGCUCAACAGGCACUUGUUUUUCUUUGGAGACGGGAGGAGAAGGGAGGUUAGACAGGCCUGAAGAACAUCUCAUUAAAGACCUGGACAGGAACCACUGAGUCAUUCAGAAGAGCUCCAGACUCCAGUUAUAACUCCGAACCUUUAUCACAUCUCCCUGACUGAGCUCCGGCACCUUCCUCAGACGCACAAAAAUAAGGUUUGUGUCAAAAACAAAAGAAGAGAGAAGUUAAUUUUCCAAACGAGCAGUGACUAGCACAGCAGUGAAGUCGGAACACAAAACUAUUUGUUUUGUUGGUGUGUGGUUGGAGGAGAUGGAUUUCUUAUUUUCGCUCGUACUCUCGAGUGCCUGGGUUUUUCUUCUUGUGGAUUUCAAAGGUGUAUGUGGGCAGCAGGCAUUCAAGACAGAGCCACGUAAUGUGACCGUCAAGGCAGGGGCCACAACUCUGCUGAAGUGUGAAGUGCUGAGGGCCUCAGGGGCCGUGCAGUGGGUUAAAGAUGGGCUGCUCCUGGGACCUCAGAGAUCGCUGCCUGGCUACCCACGCUACAGCAUGACAGGAGACCAGCAGAAAGGCCAGUACCAUCUUCAGAUUCUCAACGUGAGUUUGGAAGACGACGGCCCCUACGAGUGCCAAGUGGGCCAGUCCGUGAGCAGCCGUGCCAUUGUGUCCCGUACAGCCUGGCUCAAUGUGCAGAUCCCACCCUCACAGCCGUACAUCCAGCUGGAGUCUGAUGAGCCGUGGGUGGAAGGAGACAAAUACACAGUGACCUGCAUCGCUCCUGAUGCAAAACCUCCAGCAGAAAUCACCAUGUUCAGAGAUGGAGAGGAGCUGACGGAAACUGAUUCUUUUACAAUGUCAGGCUCACAGGAUAAGCUUUUAAACACGCAUGCCGAAGUCCUCAUCAGGGCACGAAGCUCAGAUGACACACGGCGGCUGACGUGUCGAGCGAAGAACCCAGCUAGCCCUCGAGCUCUUGAGACUGGCAUGACCAUGAGGGUAUACUUUCCCCCGCAGGCUCCGGUGAUCAUAGGAUUAGAAAAUGAAGAGGUCAGAGCUGGUUCCUUGCUGAGGGUGGUGUGCAUGUCGUAUGGAGGCAACCCUUUAGCCACUCUGCAUUGGAUUAAGAAUGGAAAAGUCCUGUCCACCAGCUGGGAGGUGGACAUUGUGUCACGUAGGUCCAGUAGCGUGUUGAAAAUGGAGGUGAAGCCAGAGGACAAUCAUGCUGUGCUGCAGUGCGAGAGCGUCAAUCAAGUAUCUCGUUCACCGAUGUCCCUCACUCGCACUCUCACCGUCAUGUUUGAGCCAGCUGAGGUAACGUUACUUGGCUCCUUCGAAGCCAUAGAGGGACAGGAGAUCAAUCUGAGCUGUUACACUUCCUCUAGUAAUCCGCCGGUCCACAUCCGCUGGUGGCUCGGGUUCAAGGAGCUCAACAGAACGAAUGUUACCAUCUCUGAGGGGGAUAAUGGUGGGAUGAUGACAUUGUCUAACUUGACGCAUAAAGUGUCACGUGAGGACAACGGUCUUCCUCUGACUUGUGAGGCAUUCAAUAAAGGCACCCGCUUCUCUAGUGUUCGAUCUGAAGAGCUCAUCGUUUACUAUCCUCCUCAGAAGGUGUGGUUAGAUGCUCCUCCACCAAACGUCUUCUUACACGCUGGUUCAACUCUUCGUUUAGUCUGUUUCUCCAGUGGUGGAAAUCCCACAGGUCAGCUGGUGUGGUUCAAGAACAAUAAAGUCGUGCCGACCGCAUCAAAGCUGGUGUCUUCAGAGCGUGGUGUGUCACGAGAUCUCCUUCUCACCCUCCAGCCCAGCGACAAUCUAGCCACCUACCGCUGUGACUCCUCAAACAAAGCCAAGAAAGUUAUCUCUGCCCAAACCAAACUCAGGGUUCUGUUUCCAGCAGUGAGCGUGAAGAUCGUGGCCAAGCAGAAGGAGCUGCGCAAGGGUCAGACACUGGAUCUGGACUGCCUGGCUGGCAGCAGCAAUCCCACUGCAAAUAUCAGCUGGAGUUUGGGCCCCAUGAUGCUGAAAGGAGUUGACCAGGCUCCUAAAAAGGCUGAAUUUGGUGGGAUGUCCCGAACCAGUAAGCUGUCCCUCACUCUUGAUUCUCAUCACUGGAAGAAAAGGAUCACCUGCCAGGCCUUCAGUAAUGUGCUGUCCGAGGGUGUCAACAACUUCUACAGUCUGAAUGUGCUCUUUCCUCCAGAGUUUACAGAUGACCAACCCGAUGAGGUCCAGGUCAUUGAGGAUGAAACCGCCACGCUUCCUGUCAAAGUCUUGGCCAAUCCGGAUGAAAUCACCUGCGAGUGGAUUUUUCAGGGCGAGAAGCUUGUGAAAGAAAGAGAUCCUCGUUAUCACUUCGACGACUGGACCCUGGAAAUCGUGAACGUUUCUCGGCGAGACGGGGGCGAUUACAUAAUAGAGUGUUCCAACGCUGAGGGGAAGAACCGCACAAAACUCAAACUGGAUGUACAGUAUUCCCCGACUGUUCUUAUGAAGUCUGAUCCUGUGUCUGUGAACUUGGGAGACACCGCUGACUUACUGUGUGUCGCUGAUGCCAACCCCAUCACCUCCAGUAUGUUUUCGUGGAAGUGGAUGGGUGAAGAGGAAGUAGAUGAUCUAGGAGAGCAGAGUGAAGAUGAAGGCACUGGUUUGUUAACUAUAUAUGAAGUGACCCGUGACCGGGCAGGUUUUUACCAGUGUACAGCAGACAACGGCAUAGCACCUCCAGGCAGUGUUGAAGGACAGCUCAUCGUACGCUUUACUCCAGAGCUUCAGAAGGGGCCGCAGUGGAAGAAGGUGGCCAGCCGUGGGGACGGCAGCAACGAUGCAAAUGUGGUGUGUCAGGCACAAGGUGUUCCUCGUGUGCACUUCACCUGGGCAAAAAAUGGAUUCCCUUUGGACUUGGGCAACCCCAGGUACGAGGAGAAGACUGUGGUGACAGGUACCGUCCACACCAGCGUUCUGACUGUCAUAAACGUGAGUGCAGCGCUGGACUACGCCAUCUUCACCUGCACUGCCCACAAUAGCAUGGGAGAAGACUCUCUAGACAUCCAGCUCCUCAGCACCAACCACCCCGAUCCCCCAUCAGACCUGAAGCUGCUCCGUGUCAACCAUAACUCUGUGACUCUAGAAUGGAUGCCUGGGUUUGACGGUGGUUUGACACAGAACUUCCGUGUCAGGUACCAGUGGGCGGGAUCGGUGAGUUUCAUGUAUGUGGACGUGUUUCCUCCGACAGCUACUGUGUAUACAGUCACGGGCCUCAACCCUUCAACUGCAUACAACUUUUCGGUCAACGCUCUCAAUACAAUGGGAGAGAGCAGCUAUGCAGACAACAACAAAAUACUGACGGUCACCACUGCCGAUGCGGAGGAAGCUGACGACGGGGUCUCCCCAGCAGACAAGGACCCAGCACUUGCAGGUCGUGGUCUUCCUGUCUAUGCCGUGGUGAUCCUGGUUGUGGGUGGCCUCCUUUUAUUCCUAAAUCCAUUGAGCUGCUUUCUAUUGGCCAGAUGGAAAAAAAGAGGGUGGAGCCUGAAAGAAGACACCAGAAGCAUUUCACAGGAGACGAAAAGCGAGGAGCAGAGGUCCACGUCGAGCAGCUCAACACGCUACGCGAGCAGAGAGCUUAUCAACGCCUCGGCACAACGAACGCUUCUCAUCGACAGCAGCUCCGAGCCUGACAGCAGCGUCUAUGAGAGCUACGGACGGCAGGAGAAUUCUCAUUAUUACUACAGUCCUGCGCUGUAUACUCACUUUGAAGGCCCCGAAGAUCUUGAUGGCAGACACGGCACAAGCCCUCUCGCUCAUGACUAUGAGGAGGUGACAGGCUGGGGGACGUACCAGGAUCUGCAGGGCUACUCACUGCUGCCCCCUGCUGCCCACUCUGAUCCACGAGCACUCUCCACAUAUCAUGAGGGAAGAGUAUACGGUAAAGCUGAUGUGGACGUAGCAGCCGGAGUUUAUGAUUCUAUGGUGUACAGACGCAGGAGAGACACAGACUUGCCGUUUGAGCUCAGAGGGGAGCUUGUUUAAUAAGAGUGGGGCUGGAGAAGGCGUCAGUCUACCAGCUCUAUUCUGAGACUGGCUUGGGUUCAUGAGUUGAUAAAACAUGUUUCCUUUUACUUUUUCCUAUUAUUUGUCUAAAAUACAUUCUCAUUACAUUUUAGGCCCUAAAUGUUUAAUUUGUUCAAUAAAUAAUUAAUUUGUUUUAAAUUUGGUCGAAAUCAGUUGUUUUUUUGUUUUGUUUUUGAGAUCUGCUACUUCCAUACUGUAUGUCCCCCUUUUAAAACAUCAAACAGGAUUUCCAAACACUCCUCAUAUCUGUCAUUGUUUGGACAAACAGAUAGCCCCGUCCCCAAACUUACACCAUUGGGUUCUCGGAAAUCAUCCAACGAAUGUCUUACUGUUCAAAAGUUGGUUGUCUUGGUUCUACAUAUAUUUAAUCAAAAAUACAGAAAAAAACUGUAAUAUUGUGAAAUAUUAUUACAAUCUAAAAUCUUUUUUUUUUUUUUCUGUCUGAAUAUACUUUUAAAUGUAAUUUAUUCCUGUGAUGCAAAGCUGAUUUUUUUAAAAAAAAUAUUAAACUUUUAAUUUUUUUUUUUUUAUUUCUGUUUUCAAAAAAUAUGUCUCUGCUUUUAGGCCUGGGUGUAGAGGAAAAUAUUUUAACACGACCUUUAAAAAUUUGUCCAUUUAUAUAUGUUCAAAUAAAUUACAACAGCAAUAACAAUGUGCAGUUACAAGCUACUCUAGUAAUUGCAUAUUAGCUCAUUAAUUUGUAUUACUAAGAAACUGAUUAUGGAUUUGUUACAAAGUGUGACCCUUGUCUGUAGUUUAAUAUGCAGCUUUCUGAGGCCUAUAGCAUUUACUAAGUGUUCUCAUCAUCUACCUUCAGUAAAAAAAAAAAAAAAAAAAAAAACCUCUGGUAAGAGCACGUGUUAUGUAAUGCAGCUUUUUAAGCGAUGAGGUACUAUCAAACAUCCUAUUAUUUAUUCUGAGCUUAAUCGUUUUUCCUGAUGGCAUGCGUUCCUCUUGGGAUUCUUGGAAAGCGUGGAGCUUUGUCCCAAGAGGAAGUCUUUGAAUGUGAGAACGAGGAUAAAAGUCUUGAAUCCUUGAGUCUGCGGAAGCUGACAACAAUAACAUCAACAACAGCAGCCUUCUUCGACACACAUUUGUGUUGUUAUGUAUGUCAUCACAAUGAGUUAAACAGGGAAACUAGGCAAAGGGUAAAUUUUUUAUUAGCUUGAGAAGAAAUCAUUGGCUUGGAAAAGGUUGCCUUGAAGAAAUAUGAGAAAAAAAAAAAAAAAAAAAAGAAACUCCUGAUAUCAAUGAUUUACCCUCAUGUCAUUCCAAAAGCAUAAUAUUCUUUUUUUUCUGUGAAACACUAGAUGUUUUGCAGAACGUUCAUGCUGCACUUUUUCAUAUAACAGGGAAUAAAGGGCUGUCAAGCUCCAAAGACUUAAAAUUCAGCAUAUACUCUAAGAGUCCGUUCACAUGACACCAUUUUCAACUAAAAACUGGAAACUUUUUUUAUGUGUUUUGGCCAUUCACGACAACGGCAUUUUGCGGGCCUGAAAAAGCAAUCUUUUGAAAAUGGGUUUCAAAGUGCAAGUUUUUGAAAAUGAUGCUGUUAUUGUCUCCGUGUAAACUACAAAAACAUGAAUUUGUGAAAACCGUGACAUCAUAGUGUUUCUUUACAAAGUAACAUCGCCAACUAUUUGCCUGGCAGCAUAAUACAGCACUGGAUCAGUGUGGACAGGGAUCGUUUUGGCGACGUUGUUGUCUGUACGCAAAAAACUCAAAGGAAAAACUUUUUCAUUUUUAGUACAUCGUUGUCAUGUAAACAUACCCUAAAAAAUAAUAAAUAACAACCUUAAUUAAAUAUUUUAAUAUCACUUAAAUGAUUGAGUUGGACAUACUAAAAUAAAUGACUAAAAAUUCCAACAGUUAAUUUGACAUAUUUAAGUUUUUGUAGGAAAAAAAAAAAAAAAAAAAAAAAAAAAAAAAAGUAUUUGACCAACAGAUUACAUUUUUAAGAUACACUUAAUAUUUGUAUUAAAUUUGAAUCAAAAUAUUUGAGAAUGGAGAAAUGAUACCGACCAGUUUCAAGGACUACAAUUAUCAAUAUCUUUAACAACAAAUUAAUUAAUGUAGUUAGUAGGAAACAAUUAACUAUCAUGCUCAAAGAGAGGAAAAUUUGAUUUUCCCAGAGUGCUUUGAUACAGACUUUUUCACAAAAUUAAUAUAGAAGGAGAUCUGUUAAUGUUUAAUGUUCUGUUAUGUUGCUGUUUUGGGGGGUUACCAUUGUGGACCAAGUACAUCAUAGUUUAAGCUUUCGAAUCACAUGGCCUACAUUUGUGGUGCUUUUUUGUUCUUUUCUGGAUCUUGACAGUCCAUUGUCUCUAUCUACCUUUGUUUAAUGGAAAAGAGCAGCUUUUAGAUUAAAAAUCUUCUUUGUGUUCCACUUAAGAAAGAAAGUCAUACCGGUGUGGGUAUUUCUGGGUGAACUGUUCCUUUAAAAUUCAGCUUGUUUCUUCUGUCUGCUCUGCUGGAUGCUUUCAACUAAGCUGGCUUAUCAAGAGUGGAUGGUAAAUUACAGGUUGGGAAGGAUGCCAGUGCUUCCGCAUAUUGGCAUAACAGCUUGUUUAAUUGUAAAUCAAAGGUAGUCUAUAACCCAUUGUCUUCUGCAGCUCUAAUUUCUGAGAUUUUAUUGGUGUCAUUUGGCACAAGAACUAACACUGCAAUCUCCCUCCCUUUUCAUCCGAUGCUCCUUUAAUGCUGAUAUUCGCCUUCAUGUCCAUCGAGCCCCGGCCGUGACCCUUCGCCCUGCCGCCACCGUGACAGAGAGCAGACUUCCAACGCUGCUAAUAUGAAAACAACUGUUCAGACACCUGGCUUGAGGUGGGCCGAUCUCAUCUCCUCUCUUCUGUGUACCCACAAUCCACUUGCCCUGUUGACCGGUUCACCAGCCAUGUCAAACGCCUCAAGCAGCCACAACGUCUGGAGAUGGAAAGUUAUUGUUGCCAUAGUUACUGCCCCUUUCCACCACGUUUAAUGUUGUCUAUCUUGCAGGUGCUUUAUGGUGGAGGAAAUACCUGCAUUUUUAGUAUUCCAUGAUAUUUCAGAGCAUUUGGGCAUCUAGUGGUUUUUCUUAAAGAUUAUUGCUUAGAUUGGAAUGAAGCCAUCAGUGAUUAUCUUUAGCGGAUGUGAUUUCACCUGAAAAAAAAAAAAAAAAAAAGUUUAUGCCUUUUCUUCUCAUUCUCCUCUAUAAAACUCAGAUCAAUAAACCACAGUCUUACAACUGUUUCAGCAAAGGUAGGCUAUGCAAAUGAAGGAUGAGGUGUUGAUUAUGUCGAGUAGUACAGCAGGAUAUUAAAAGAAAUGUUAUUACGCUGUAUAUAUUUAUUGUACAAUUUUCCGCUUAGUAUUCAUCACACGGUUUCUCCAUGUAUACAACUGUAUAUCGACAUACAGUGUAAGCCUGUAUAUCCAAAGGUUCAUAAAUUCAGGUGUAAAUUAAUCACAGGUACUGUUUGUAUGUACCGUAGCUGUUCGUAGGUAAAGUGUGUAAGAGGCAACAGUUACAAUGCAACUACCUUGAUUAUGCUUGAUUAAUAGGAUAAAAGACAUAUGCGGUGUAACCAAAUUUAAUUUCAUAUUAAACAGAAUAUUAGCUCUCAGUUUUCAAUGUGAUGGUAACGUGCUUGCAGGCAGGCAGACGAAGGGAGGAGGUACAGGUUCAAAAACAUUUAAUAUAUAUCCAAGACAGGCAGGCAGGCAGUGCUAACACUAAACCAUAUGGUAACCGGACGAAGAGUACGGGACAGGGAACAACUUAAGUAGUAACAGAAGAUUAACUCAAAUGACGAACAGCUGAUGAUGAUGAUUAGUGUCCACGAUGACAGAUUGCGGCGGGAACAUAGAACAUAGGAACAUGAUCAGUAAUAACAAACUUAAAGUCCAUACAAACAAACUAAAUGUGACAUAUCACCCCAUUUGGACUUUGGAGGAUGAAGUGAAGGAGAAGGGUUGGUGAGAGGCAGACGAGGAGGGAUGAUGGCAGGAUGAGGUGAGUGGCUGGUGAUGGUGGAAUGACGAGGCUCCUGCAGCAAUGAUGGAAACACAUAGAUGACACAGACCCAGAGCUCCCCAGUGCCGACAGCCCAUGGCGAAGGGAGGAGGAGUCCAGGUGUUGACGUGGCUGACGACAGCCGAGGGACGACUGACGGAGACGUGGCCGAUGGAGCCGUAGGCGCAGAUGGAGAGCCGAUGGUAACGAGCGACAUUGCGGUACUGGAGACCCAGGCGAUGCCGCUGCGACAACCAUCGAAGGUGGAGCCAGAGUACACGAGGGCUGAGGUGGAGCCGGUGUGCUCGAGGACAGAGGUGAUGCAGAUGGGAAGGAGGAACCCGCUGCAGCUGUAGGGGUGGAGGGCCGGAAUGCAGUGGACGGCUCGCAAGUCUGUGGAGGAAGUGGUGUGACGACUGACCAAGGGGGAGCCGGUGGGACGAGGGGACCCGGAAGAGCCUCAAGUCCGAGGGUCUCUGGUGGAGCCAAAGGUGGGAGGAGCCAAGACGGAACAGACAGGUCGACAGGCCGAGAUGGAGCAAAGAGUUCCGAGGCCGGAGGCGGAGCUGCAGGAUCCUCUCGUGCUGACUCUGCUGGUGGUGCGGCUCGACAUCAGAGCGGGGCUCCCACGGAGACGGCGCAGAACACUUGACAACCAGAAAGACGUUUCUGCACAGGCGCUUACUGAACACCUCAAAAGAUUUCAAUCAGACAAUAGCUGAUGAGACGGGCAUAAAAGAGGACUGGCAGAUGUGGAUGGAGUGAGGGGCCUCAGCACCAGUGAGAACGACAGACUGCAGAGGAAGUCUGAGGACAAGGAAGUUCGACAAGGGCGUGGUCAAUCAUCUGCCCAACUUACAUUUCCUCUCUGUUACAAAGAACUGACAGAUGCUGCACUCUGUUCAACUGUGAUUGGAUGUGAUACGCAGGAUCAAAAUGAGCAUCAAGAUCAUGUUGCGAGAGGUGUCCUUUUUUCUGUUACUAGUCUUCAGAUGUUACACAGCUGAGAAUGUGACAAAAACAGAGACCACGACACCACCGGAAAGCUCUACACCUCCAUCCAACACUACAAGAGCCAUGGGUCAUGUUAACCUGAAUGCAACAGGGGAGACAAUGACCCCCACCGUACCUGCGGCGAUCACAAACAUCUCUACAGACUCCUCUAUGACCUCCGCUUUGACCCCCAACAAGACAUCUGACAUACAGCCAACUGCUGUCACCAGCACCACCACCACCAACAGCACCAGAACCUCCAAAACCAGCACCAGAACUUCCGAAACCUCCACAACUGUAGCGUGGGAAAAGAGAUGGGAUGAGCCGUUUAAUUACAAUUACAGAUCUCUGCGUCAAGUAGGGUUGACCAUUGCUGCUGUUCUUUUCGUGAUGGGAAUUUUGGUGCUUGGUUGUGGCAAAGUUAAACGAAUCCCACGGUGUCGAAUUGGCAAAGCAAGUUCAUACCAGGUGACCAGAAGUUAACACUCUUCUCGGCAUUGAUCAGCGACUCGGCAAUAAACAGAAGAACAGCAGGAGAACACAAAGGAGCCAGUCAGACCUGUUCCGACAGCAGUUACAGACUUACAUUUCCCCCUUGUGAGAACAACAUCAUAAGGACAAGAUGGAGAGGUUGUGUGUGUGAGCGUGUUCAUUAUUUCAAACUGAUCUCCGGGUUUGUCACACCGAAGCGCCGGGGAAUAAGAUGUGUGCUAUCGUGCGGCACUAAACGCCAGCGGUAACACAACGGCUGAGACUUCGGCAGAUCCCAACGUAAUCACGCGUCUCAGACACAAAAUCCCUUCAUCCCUCUGCUCUCCUGCACCAAACGGCUCUGUUUAAGCGUCAAACUUUGUACAACACAGGCCUUUACUUCUGUUUUAUUAUUAUUAUUUCAAUUUGUGCAUCCUCAGGUGUGUCAAUCAUUUGGAAUUGGAGGGAAGCGUUGUGUAGCUCACAAGCGCCCUCAAGAGGCCUUCAGACACAUUUAUCAUGAAUUCUCCCAAGAGGAAAGAAUAAAAACCAUUCGACUCUGA